AUGGCUCCUACAAACUGGUUGUGGUUGGGAAAUGUUUUUUUCCUAUCGCUCCCGUUGGCGAUAUUGGGAAUCGAUCUAAGCAGGCUUUACGGCCAUCUGCCAGCUGUUUCGAAGCGCAAUGAGGCUUGCCACCCGUACGAACCAUUCAAAUGCCCUGGUGAUGGGAACUGUAUUUCCAUACAGUACCUUUGCGACGGUGCGCCCGAUUGUUCCGAUGGAUACGACGAAGAUAUGCGUCUUUGUACAGCGGCAAAACGGCCACCAGUAGAAGAAACAGCUUCAUUCCUGCAAAGCCUACUGGCAUCGCACGGGCCUAACUAUCUGGAAAAACUGUUCGGCAGUAAAGCGCGUGACGCACUGGCACCACUCGGUGGUGUGGAAAAGGUGGCCAUCGCCCUCAGUGAAUCGCAAACCAUCGAAGAUUUUGGAGCCGCUCUGCAUCUGAUGAGGUCUGACCUCGAGCAUUUACGAUCGGUUUUCAUGGCAGUGGAGAACGGCGAUCUAGGCAUGUUGAAAUCGAUCGGUAUCAAAGACUCGGAGCUGGGCGACGUCAAGUUUUUCCUAGAAAAACUCGUCAACACAGGCUUCCUAGACUGA